GAGAUCAAUGAACCAGGCGAUUUACCGAAACUGGUAGGACGACCGAAGGUGGGAAUAAAUCAUCGGUGAAUAGCGAUCAAGAACGACCUUUUUUAUUUAGUCGAAAUCUCCUCUGCUCACAAACGGAUUACCGGCAUUAAAAGUGUGCGAUGUGGAAAAUUUACAGUUCGGUACUGUAACACAAUAUCGACUGUCUGAUUUUGAGAUUUUUUUUAAACAUCGCUGGGUCAGAUAACGCAAGGGAGUACAGGAUGAUCUUUGCAAAUACGGCCAAUCCAGUAAGAACUCCGUAUCGAAAGCAGCCUCCUGUUGCUCCGCCCACUCUCCCCAUGGCUCCGCCCAGCCCAAGCACCAACAGCAGCACUAACAACAGCAGCAGCAGCAGCAGCACAACUGGCUGGGAGCAACUCAGCAAAACAAACCUUUACAUCCGCGGGUUACCGCCCGGAACCACCGAUCAUGACCUGGUCAAACUCUGCCAGCCAUAUGGUAAAAUCGUGUCCACCAAAGCCAUUCUUGACAAGACUACAAACAAAUGCAAAGGAUAUGGGUUUGUGGAUUUUGACAGUCCUGUGUCAGCGCAAAAAGCCGUUGCAGCACUAAAGACCAGCGGAGUUCAGGCUCAGAUGGCCAAGCAACAAGAGCAGGACCCGACAAACCUGUACCUGUCCAACCUGCCUGUAUCUAUGGAUGAGCAGGAGCUGGAGAACCUCCUCAAACCCUUUGGACAGGUUGUCUCCACCAGAAUCCUCCGCGACACUAAUGGAGUGAGCCGGGGAGUGGGCUUUGCCAGGAUGGAGUCUACAGAGAAGUGUGAUGCCGUGAUCUCUCACUUCAACGGAAAGUUCAUUAAGUCCUCUUCUGGAAUGCUAGGUGCUUCAGAGCCACUGCUGUGUAAGUUUGCUGAUGGUGGGCAGAAGAAGAGACAGAGUCAGGCGAAAUACAUCCCCAACGGCAGAACCUGGACGCGAGACACGGAGGUGAGACUAAGCGGAAUGACCUUGACAUAUGACCCUAAUACCGCCCUUCAGAAUGGUGUGUUUCACAGGUACUAUGCUGCUCCUUAUCCUAUGGGUAACCGAUUAAUGGCUCAACCAGGAGUGUCUGCAUAUAUCUCUCCCAUCUCUACUUACCAGGUACAGAAUCCCUCAUGGAUGCCACAUCAGCCUUACAUCAUGCAGCAUCCGGGAGCAGUUCUGUCGCCCUCUAUGGAGCAUCCCAUGUCACUGCAGCCGUCCACUAUGUUGGCUCCCCUCACCCAGCAGAUGGGCCAUCUCUCACUGGGCGGCACUGCAACCUUUAUUCCUGCCAACACAGCAAUGCCUGGAGCUUACAUCCCCCAGUACACCCACAUCCAACCAGCUGCCAUCCCUCCUGAGCAGGAUAGUGGUGUACAGCCGCAAGAUGUCUCCUCUUCCGAUCCUUCAUCGUACCCUUUCCAACCCAACAAGCAAUAAAAUGGUUAAUUGUCUGAGAUCAGAGCCAGACGAUCUGCAAAGGGUUACUAUGGUAACAGCUUUUGCUUUCUCUUAGAGAAAGUGACAUCAGACAGGAAGUGACGCUCGUGCAUGGGUUCCAGAAAAUUUGUCCAUGAUUUAAUCGACUGACACGAGCAAUAAACAGGAAACCUCAGAAAACUCUUUUGAAAGUGCAGAUGUUUUCUCCACCAAACCAAGACAAGGCAAUGUUACACUAUCUGUGGACAAAGAAGGGGGCAGAGAUUUAUUUUGCUAGAAAGAGGAAGGAGAAGUUGACAAAUGCUUAUUUUUACCAAGACUAUUUACACAGACCAUGUCUGUGAAUUAUGUAGUGAGUGAACUUGAUGACAUGCAUGACGUUUUUAAAUAAGGUUUUUAUUAAGUUUUUACAAACUGUUUCUCAAACAGACAUGAAAAGAUUUUUUGCUGUUGCAGUCAAAAUGAAGAGGUUUCUGUCUGCUUUUGGUCUUCCACUCUUUGCCUUUUUAGCAGUUAAAAUAUUUACCUUUUAGGGUGGGGUUUAGGUUGACUGAUGCAAUGCUUGCUGGCUAUUGGUCCUUCUUACACCUGACUCUAAAAACAAAGACUUUCCUUUUUUUGAAUUUUACUCUGAAUCAAAGGUGUUUUGUUUCAGGGACUGCGUGUCUUUUGUGAAUGAGUCUUUCUAUUGAAUCCAUGUGUAAAGUGUUUAGGUAGAUAUAGAAGCAAAUGAAGAUCGGGGAGGCCGGGGCUUAGUGGGAGGUGGGCAUGACUGUUUGGGUUAAAGUGGGUGGGGUCAAACUAGCUGAGGUAUGUGUGGGUGGGGAUAAUAAAAGGGAUAUUGUGGAUUUGGGAAAGAUGUUCAUAGGCUGAUAGUGAUUUUCUUUUUGUUGCCAUUUUUUUACAUGUAUUUUUUGUUUUGUUUAGCUUUUUUUUAUAUAUAUAUAUAUAUAUAUAUAUAUAUAUAUAUAUAUAUAUAUAUAACAACACAUCAGGAUUUCUCCAAACAAGGCAGAUGUGCAAUGUUUCUAUAGGUAGAAAUAAAUAAAUUUCCAAAUUAAAAGAAUAUUAGUGACUUUUUAUACUUUGCAAGUCAAUUAAAAAAUAUAUACCUGUAUAUUUUCAGCUCUCUCUGUAAAUUCCGAAAAUAUUGGUAACAGCAUUCAUUAUGUACAUUAGAUCUACAUUUGUAUUAUAGCACAGAUUUGCAGAGAAUACGUUUCAGAAAACAGACACCACUAAGUUUCCGAAUCAGCUAUGUAAUUAAUCAGUUCUUCACUAUUAUAAAAUCAGACAAAACAAAAAAAACACAAUUUCAAGGCAACUAUGACACUUCCCACCAAAGACCUUUUCUGCCUGCUAUUGAAGACUUCCCAAUAGUAUGGACUACUGCAAAGACGGGGAAUGGUCAAAUUGAAUGGUGGUUUGGAAAUGUUUCUUUCUUUUUCUUUUCUUUUCUUUUUUUUUUUUUUUUUUUUUUUUUUUUGGCUCUCAGCUUUAAUCUAGUUUUUAUAAAUGUGUUCUCUGAGCAGGAUGGAGGGAUGAUUUAAUCACAGGUUCGUAACACGUUUCUAAGCAAGCCUUUCGUCUCUAAUACAGUUAGUUAAGCAGAAUUGUGUGUCUAUGUGUGAUUGUGUAUUUAGAUGUCCAGGUCAGCUUGGCCUUAGAUCUACCUCAGAGUUGUAUCUGUUGUCUGACUGGUCAGGUUGCAGGUCUAUCCUGUCCAGUCAGGUGUUAGAACACCGGCUCUGGAGCUGGUUUCAUGCAGAACUUCAUCUUUAAUGUGUCUGUCUUCCUCUAAUAAAACAUCUAAGGUUUUGUAUCUAAAUGUCUUUCUGUUGUUGGUUUGUUUGUUUUUUCACAUUAUAUUGUGACGAUUUUAGCUUGAUUGUGUGAAUUUCCUCAUGUUUUUGUCCAGUUUCUUCCUGAUAGAUGCAGUAAAAGAGAGGCUUGUUUAUUUUUUUUCCUGCAUUUUUUUUGUUUGUUAGGUUUUUCCAAAAAUCCAUAUGAACUACCUUCUCUGGAAAUUUCUGUUUGUUGUAGCCUCUUCACCUUUAGAGGCCUGAUCUGAACAACCAAAGUGAAAUUUUAUCAAGGUGCAAAGGAGAAAAUCAUAGUUACAUUGGACAGAUACAGUUUCUUUAUUUCAGCUGUCAAAGUAAAUAUUUUAGAACAGCAAUCCUUCACGCAGUAUGUCAAUACAGGACUGUUGAUAAAAUGUUGAAUUUUUAAAAAUUGUUUUAUUGAACAUAUGCCACUUGCACGUCCAGAAAUGUAAAAAAAAAAAAAAAAAAUUGCUUUGUGCUCCUUUUCUAUUUUUCUCACAUUUUUUAUUUAAAAGUUUUUGGGGUUUUUUUAUUUCUGUUUUUUUCUGUUGUGGAAAGAAAAAACGUUUUGAAUUAAAAGAGCUCAAACUUG